AUGGAGGGAAUCAACAAGUACCACGAUACAGUGCUGAAGUACAUCUACAGCCGAAUGAGAUACCGUGAAUGUGCAGAUACCAAAUAUGCCAACAUCAUGCUUGACUUAGCUUUCCCAAAGCUCGAGCCAUGGGCUAAGGACUUGGAAGCAAUGAACCCACAGACGCAGGAGGAUUUGGACUCUUUCGAUUGGGAUAUCGAAGAGGAAGUUGAAGACUUGGUUGCGUCUAUCGAGGCCAAGUUCCAAACGUCUGAGGAUAACUUGGAAGAUAUGAGCGAUGAAUCGCUAUCCUUAAUCACCAACAUUAAUGGAGAGAAACCUGGAGAUGAUAUAUGGCCAAAGAACAAAUCUGACUUCAAUUCAAAAGCCCCAGAACAGCUGAAGAAGCUGGCAGACUUCUAUGGCAUUGGCAAGACUCCUAAUACUCGUGAUCUCUCUGAUGACCAAGUCAAAAAUCUACUAGGAGAAAUCAUUGGAAUCUGUUGA